UCUUAUUCAAAAGUUCCUCCUAACGGAUAAUCAAAACUAAUUAAUUUUUUCAAUUGAUCAUCUACUUCUACCUCACUCAACACCUCUAUUGAAUAUGCACCCACAAAGCCAAAAGAAUAAAUUAAGGUCCUAUCUAUUUUCUAUCUGAAAAUAUUGAAUUUGUAGUAUCUGACAAUCAUCUGCUGAAAAAGCCACAUAUUCUCUAAGGGUCCGAUCAAAUCGUUAGAGAAAAAAAAAUGGGAAUGAGAGAUUUUCAUAUCAAGCUUAAGGCAUUCCGGGUGAAACGUUUUUUCUUUGGAAGAAGGAGAAAUAGAUGGAGUGCAAACAAGCCUUCAUGGAUGAUUCCAAUAUCACAUGGUCAUCAUGUGGUGGAGCAUCAUGUAAUCAAAGGUGGUUCUGAUGACUCGAACUUCGAUUCAGUUGUGAUACAGAGAGAGCAAAUGGAUCACACAGAACUGUGGUACUUUGGAAUCUUUGAUACUGUAGUUGGAGAUGAAGUUACCAAGUAUAUGCAAUCCCAUUUCUUUGGCAAGAAGCUCAAAGAGUGUCAUAUGAGGAGAAAAACCAAAGAAACACUGAAGAGAGCUUACCUAGGUGUAAAAACAAAGAUCAGAGAGGCACACAAGCCAGAGGAGCUGGAGACAUGCAGAAUAGGCUCAACAUCAGUGAUGGUGAUCAAUGGAGAAAAGCUUGUGAUAGUCAACAUGGGAGAUUACAGAACUGUUUUGUGCAGAAAUGGUGUAGCUUAUCAGACAACUGGCAGAUACAAUCAAUCAUCAGCCAAGAGACAUUGGUAUCGCAGACUCUUUUCAGUUCGGAUGAUAGCAUGUGAAUCAGGCAAUACAAAAGGUACAAAGCAUUCUAAAGGCUCAGAACUUGUGGUGGGAGGUGAUAGAAUCGAUUCAGAUACUGAGUUUUUAAUCUUAGCAAGCAAUGGCAUAUGGGAGGUGAUGAAGAAUCAAGAGGCUGUGAAUCUUAUAAGGCACAUAGAGGAUCCACAAGAAGCAGCUGAGUGCUUGGCAAAGGAAGCCUUGAUUAGGAUGAGCAAAAGCAACAUUUCAUGCUUAAUCAUUCGCUUUGACUGAUUCCUCACCAUAAGGGUAACCUUGAAGCUUUGUUGAAUCAUGCCAGCACAGUUGGUGUAUCCUUACAGCAGUAGUAGCCAACAUUAAUGAGCAAUACGUUUAUGACAAUAUUAAGUAUUUCUUUUUUUUGGAGUUCUUAGACAUGAUUUGCACUAAUGUUCAGAAAGAUUGUUCAUCUCCCUAGUUCAGUGAACCUUGCUACCUUAAUAUUUC